UAUUAAUCAGCCCAUUUCAAACUCCUUGCUCUGCAACUUCAAGCAUCACCUAGUGAUCAUCGCCGCCAACCUGCAAACGAGCUCAAGCUUUUUCUUUCAUAGGCAGCUUUGACUUUAAGAGGGGAUUUUCUUUUCUUUUUCUAUUCCAUCGUACCCGAACACUCACUGUGCCAGCCUGCCUGCGUAACAGGUUGGUUUUUUAAUAUAUAUAUAAUUAUUUUAAUGAUAAUUAUGAAAUAAUAUAUAGAUAUUGAAAGAUUGGAUUUGAAGAUAAACCCUUGUUGAGUUCGGAGUUGAAACGUCAUCUCCUUCUUCUUCUCUAUAUACAUUUAAGUGUUUAUGAAGGAAAGCAACGGGUGGAAUUGGUUAAUCAGAAGCAGAUCUGUCUUCUGUUUUUUCAUUUGGUUUAUUUAUUUAUAAAAAUACAAAUUAAAAAAAAGUACCACUAAUAAUUGAUAAAACAAUAGUGUGAUGAUGGGCAGCAAUCCUGGAGUGGUUGGGAGUUACUAUAGUAGUUUCUGUUUGAACGGCCUAGUUCUAGGUCGAGGAGGAAGAGGAGCUGCUUAUAAAGCUCCAGUUUUGGUAUCAACACACCAAGUCAAACAACAAAAACAAUUUUCAUUUUCCUUCACAACACCCUUCUCUUUAUCCUCCUUGUCGUUUCUGGGUGCUGGCGGCGGUGGCGGUGGUUGCAGAAGACUAGUUGUGAUGAUGGGAUCAUCAGUUUUGAGGACAUCAAAUUACUUGAGACAUGUGGAAUCUUUGAGACGUUUCCCACCCGGGGCUGGUAAUAUUCCACAGUUGAACGCUGUAAUAUUGGGUGAAGCUCUUGCUUCUGAAGAGAAUGAUCUUAUUUAUCCUAGUGAUGAUUUCACUCGCCAGGCUUUGGUUUCGUCACCCGAGAAGUAUUUGGAAAUGUACAAUAGGUCCAUUGAGGACCCUGCUGGUUUCUGGGCCGAUAUUGCUUCCCAAUUUUAUUGGAAGCAGAAAUGGGAUCAGCAAGUUUGCUCUGAGAAUCUUGACAUCAGGAAAGGCAAUAUCAAGAUCGAGUGGUUCAAGGGCGGUAUCACCAAUAUCUGCUAUAAUUGCGUGGACAGAAACAUUGAAGCUGGAUUAGGUGACAAGAUUGCUAUUUAUUGGGAAGGCAAUGAUCCUGGUGUUGAUGACACUCUCACAUACUCCCAGUUGUUCCACCAAGUUUGCCAGCUUGCAAAUUAUCUGAAAGAUAUUGGUGUUAAUAAGGGUGAUGCUGUAAUUAUUUACUUGCCCAUGUUAAUGGAACUCCCUGUAGCUAUGCUUGCAUGUGCUCGCAUUGGUGCAGUGCACUCGGUUGUGUUUGCUGGAUUCUCUGCAGAUUCUCUUUCACAGAGAAUCAUGGACUGCAAACCAAAAGCUAUAAUUACAUGUAAUGCUUUUAAGAGAGGUCCUAAGAUCAUCCAAUUGAAGGACAUAGUCGACACCGCCCUUGUUGACUGUGCCAAAAAUGGGAUCUUUGUAGAUGUGUGCUUAACUUAUGAUAACCAGUUGGCGACGACAAGAGAAAACACUAAAUGGCAGGAAGGAAGAGAUGUAUGGUGGCAGGAUGUCAUCCCUAAAUAUCCAACUACUUGUGAAAUAGAGUGGGUUGAUGCAGAAGAUCCUCUUUUCCUGCUCUAUACUAGUGGGAGUACUGGAAAACCAAAGGGUGUUCUCCACACAACUGGAGGAUAUAUGGUAUACACUGCAACAACAUUCAAGUAUGCAUUUGAUUACAAGCCUUCUGAUGUCUACUGGUGUACUGCUGACUGUGGUUGGAUUACGGGGCACAGUUAUGUUACAUAUGGACCAUUGCUCAAUGGAGCCACAGUAGUUGUCUUUGAAGGAGCUCCAAGUUAUCCUGAUUCUGGUCGCUGUUGGGACAUUGUUGACAAAUACAAGGUGUCAAUACUCUAUACUGCACCAACUUUGGUGCGGUCUCUCAUGCGUGAAGGUGAUGAGUAUGUUACCCGCUAUUCUCGCAAAUCCUUACGGGUUCUUGGAAGUGUAGGCGAGCCUAUUAAUCCAAGUGCAUGGAGCUGGUUUUACAAUGUAGUUGGAGAUGCGAGGUGUCCUAUAUCUGACACUUGGUGGCAAACUGAAACUGGCGGCUUCAUGAUUACUCCAUUACCUGGUGCCUGGCCACAGAAACCUGGUUCUGCUACUUUUCCUUUCUUUGGGGUUCAGCCUGCCAUAGUAGAUGAGAAUGGUGUUGAGCUUGAAGGCGAGUGUAGUGGGUACCUUUGUGUGAAAAGCUCAUGGCCUGGUGCAUUUAGGACUCUUUUUGGUGAUCAUGAAAGAUACGAAACCACAUACUUUAAGCCUUUUGCUGGAUAUUAUUUUACUGGUGAUGGCUGCUGCAGGGACAAGGAUGGAUACCACUGGCUCACUGGACGGGUUGAUGAUGUUAUCAACGUUAGUGGACAUCGUAUUGGCACAGCAGAAGUGGAAUCUGCUCUAGUUUCUCAUCCCCAAUGUGCAGAAGCUGCUGUGGUUGGUGUUGAGCAUGAGGUGAAAGGACAGGGUGUAUAUGCAUUUGUUACUCUUGCAGAGGGUGUUCCUUACAGUGACGAACUCCAGAAGAGCCUUAUACUCACAGUGAGAAAGCAGAUUGGAGCAUUCGCAGCACCUGAGAGAAUUCAUUGGGCCCCUGGCCUUCCAAAAACGAGGAGUGGAAAGAUAAUGAGGAGAAUUCUGAGGAAAAUCGCUUCCAGGCAAUUAGAUGAGCUAGGCGACACCAGCACGCUUGCAGAACCAGGUGUGGUGGAUCAACUAAUUACACUCGCUGAUAGCUGACAUUUAUCAUGGAAGCUCAUCACUAGAGAUUGUUACUUUUCUUUUUCAUUGUAUUCUUCCAUUCAAGCAUCAUUUUGAACCUUCUAAUCUGAUGGAAAUAAGCUAAGAAUUCAAUAGAAAGAGAGAUAGUCUAUAGAGAAGGAUAGAAAUUAUGCCCACAGACGAAAGAAGAAGAUGAUGAUAAUGUUGUUUUUAGUAACAUUCUGAAGUCACUCUGGAAUAAUGGUAAAACUAUGGACAAAAA